AUGACUAAGAUUUCACCGGCCGAGGCCACUCAAUACUCCACAACAAAGCUCCGGAUCUCAUCCGGCAACGGCCCGGUAUCCAGGGAUGUUUUAUGUACUCCGCUCCGGAAUGCUGACCCGUCCGAGAUUCCCAUCAUCGACGUCUCCGGGAUUUUCAGUCCGUCCCUUCACGAACGCACCGCAGUCGCCAAGCAGAUCCACGACGCCGCCGCCAACAAUGGCUUCUUCUAUAUAAAAAACACGGGCAUCUCGGCCGAAAUCACCAGCGCAGCGCAUACAUCCUGUCUUGACUUCUUCCGGCAACCCCCUGAUCUCAAAGAGCGCGCCAACUCCAACCAAUCCAAAUGCUACAACGGCUACAAGCCGCCCAAGACCCAACGCAUCAACCCCUUCGAGUCCAUCGACAACCGAGAAAGCUUCUCCUGGAGGUACGACCCCGAAUACGACCCCUGCAUUGGGGACAUAUCCUCCAUACCACCCGAAAUCGCCGAGUGUCUCCACAGCGAAGACUUCAUCUGGACCGCCACCGCGAACCUCCCCAACUUCAAACCCUCCCUGAUCACCUACUGGCGCGCCUGUCUCGCCCUAGCCCGCGCCCUAGUCCGUUCCUUCGCCCUCUCCCUGGACUUGGCCGAAGACUUCUUCGACGCCAAGUUCUCCCACCCCGACGCUUCGCUCUCGCUGAAUUACUACCCUCCCAUCCCGAAACCGGAUUCGUCGUCAGUCGCAGCAGCUGAUGUGGCCCACACGCCAGUGUCCAUCGGUUCGCACACCGAUUUCCAGCUCUUCACCAUCCUAUGGCAGGAUAGAAAUGGAGGCUUGCAAGUCCUGAAUCGACAGGGGCAGUGGAUCAACGCGAGCCCCGUCGAGGGCACGUUCGUGGUGAAUAUCGCGGAUUACCUGCAGCGAAUCACCAACGAUCGGUAUGUGAGCACGGUGCAUCGGGCGCAGAAUUGGAGCGGGCGGGAGAGGGUUAGCAUGCCGUUUUUCUUUGGGUUUAAUUUGAAUGAGAGCUGUGCGGUUUUGGAUUGCUGUGUUGAGCCCGGGGAGCAAAGCAGGUACGAGGAGGUUAGCUGUAAGGAGUGGGUUAGGAGGCGGGUUAAGGACAUGCAUCGGACGGAGGGGGAUGAGGAAGAAAAGGUGCUGUUAACUUCAUGA